AUGUCAUACGAGAUCGUCGACACAUCGGAAUGUCGACAUUUGCUUCACCAAGGUAAACUGCCCCAGUCCGCCGCCAAUAGCAUGAAUUAUGUCUCGUCGUGCAUCAGCCAGCCUACGAGCUGGGUCGCGCAGAAUUAUCAAUUGUACAAUAUCAAUGACCCCGUUUGCAAAUAUGGCGUCGACGAGAAAUGUAACCUAGAUCUGACUACAAGUAAUCAGCCACGCUGUCCAAGCGUUCUGGGUAAUUCUCUACAGAUUGAAUCGAGGGUUAAGAAUGUCGCGUACGGUACCGGAGAAAUCGUCCCGGUGUAG